UUGCUUGUUCUUGGCAUCGAAGGAAGCCAUGGAAGAAGAAGGAAACAGUGAUCGAGGAGGGAAACAGAAGAAUGUGCUUCAGCAAGAGCAACAUUCCCUGCUUCCUUCAAAGAGAGUUCGAAGUCCGAAUCUAAUCCAUGAAUCUUCCUCUGCUUCACUGCCAUCGUUUCCUCGAUUUCUUCCUGAUUUUAACUCUCAGCCUAAGUUUCCAUUUGCUUCUGGCAGCUCUGUUCCUGUUGUUGUCGCCCCAAGAAUUGCAGAUCACACUAACUCUGUUCCAUUAACGGCGGUCGAGCAAUCGCCGCUGAUGUAUGCAACGUCGGAUCAUCGGCAGACUCACCACGAGCAACUCCUCAGGUACCACUACUGGAACGCAGCGCUCAAUGGCGUCGGUCCUCUGUUCCUGCGCCCGGCAGCUCCUUCUCUGGCCCGGGCCAAGCUCUACCGCGGGGUAAGGCAGCGGCACUGGGGAAGGUGGGUGGCAGAGAUCCGCAUUCCCCGCAACCGGAGCCGCCUGUGGCUCGGCACCUUCAACACUGCGGAGGAGGCCGCUCUCGCCUACGACCGCGAGGCCUUCAAGCUGCGCGGCGAGAGCGCGAAGCUCAACUUCCCCAAUCUUUUUCACGGGGAAAGCAGGGACGCAGCUUUGUGCUCCACCAUGACCUCCUCCACCAGCACCGCGGCUCCCUCCUCGUCCUCCUCUUCUCCGCGUGAUUCUGCCAAGUCCCCGAGCUUAGCUCCAAGCUCGGCGCCAGCUUCACCAUUUCCGAUGUUUCCGGAGAUGCCUGAAAUGUCAUGGGAGAGCGUUCAAGAGGAGGCGUGGUUCAACGCGUGGGGGCCGGGGAGCUCCAUUUGGGACGACGUCGAUGGAGCCAGCAGAUUACUCUUCCAAUCCAGGCUCGCCACCAUAUCUGAGGCGCCGGAAACUGAUCCGCCCUCAAGUUCCACACUGCCAUUGCCGUCGCCGGCCACUCAGGAGACGACCACCUCUUCUCCUCCUCCUCCUUCCUUGGUUUUGUGGAAGAAGUGAGUCGUUGCAUUGCAUUUAUACGAAUCAAUGACUUCAACUACUGCAUGAGAUUAAGCAUUAAACCAUCAUUAUUUGUCACAUAUUUA